AUGAUUUCAUUGGAAACUAACUUAAAAGAGCACUACCAUGAACAUAUCAUUGAGGAAGUUAAUAAAGCGAUUGAAAAUGCUGCGAUGGAAGGUUCGGGUUUUACUUUAUCAAAGAUAUUUAAAUUGGAUGUGCAAGUCAGUUCAUAUGAACCCUUUCAAGGUAGUGCAUUCAUCAAAACGCCUAAAAAGUUAGCUGUGAAAAAUGCUAUCAUUAACGUGGACAAUACAGACGAUCAAUGUUUCAAAUAUGCAGUUUUAGCAGCGAUUUUGAAUGGCUUGAAAAAUAAUGCGAAAAAUGCUUCUCGUCAUCAACAAUAUUUUAAAUAUGAUCAUUUGCUUAAUUUCGAUGACAUUCCUUUCCCAGUGAGUUUGCAUGAUAUUUCGAAAUUCGAACGUCAAAAUGAUGGCAUAUCGAUAAACGUUUACUAUUGGAAUGAUAAUGAUGAAUGUGUCUGUCCAUUACGCAUCAGUCCAACCGUGAAAAAAAAUCAUAUUCAUUUGCUGAUGUUAUUCGAAGAAAAUGAUAAUUACUAUGGUGGCCAUUCAGUUUCAGAUCGAAUUAAGGCAAUAUCUAAUGGUGAUCGAAUCCAAAUGCAUUAUUGCUGGAUUCGAAAUUUAUCUCGUCUUGUCGGGGCACAGCUUAGUAAACAUGGACAUAAAAAACAUAUCUGCGAUAAAUGUCUGAAUUAUUUUAGUGAUGAUCGUAAACUUGCUGCUCACAGUGAAAAAUGUAAAAGUGAAUGUCGCAUUGAAAUGCCUGAUGAUACAACCAAGUGGAUUAGUUUCAAAAAUUAUAAAAACAAGCUUAAAGCUCCAUUCAUUGUGUAUGCUGAUACUGAAGCAUAUCUUAGACCUCUCAAUGAGGAUGAACAAAAUAAGGUAUUCAGUGAAACUUGUUCAACAUCUGCAUAUCAACAACAUCAUGUUCAUAGCAUUGGUUAUUAUUUUAAAUAUGAGUAUGAUCAAUCUAAAUCAUAUUAUGCGAGUCAUCGAAAUAAACCAAAUAUCACAGAUUGCAUUGAUUGGUUCGUUGAUGAGCUGGAAAAAAUCGCACAAUUCGUCGCUAUUGAGUUGGAAGAAAAUAAACCUAUGGCAGCAUUAACACCAGAAGAACAACAAAUGCUUUCAGAUCCCGAUGCAAAAUGUCACAUUUGCGAUCGUGGUUUUGAGCCCGGUGAGGUUCGUGCACGCGAUCAUAAUCACUUUACGUCUGAAGUGCGAGGAAUAUCACAUGUAGCAUGCAACUUACAAUUUAAAGAGACUCGAACAAUUCCGAUUGUUAUGCAUAAUCUGUCAGGCUAUGAUGCACAUUUAUUCAUCAAGACGUUAGCACAUCGAAUGAAUGGUGACAUAACGAUUAUACCUAAUAACACCGAAAACUAUAUUGCAUUCACAAAGACGGUGUGGAAUAGUAGUAAAACAUAUAAGGAAAAAAUCAAGUUAAAAUUUAUCGAUUCAUGUCGUUUUAUGGCCUCGUCAUUGGAUAAAUUAGCAUCUGACAUUCCAAGUGAAAACAAACAUAUUUUAAAUUCCGAAUAUGGUAAAAUUUAUUCACCACAACAGAUAGCUUUGCUUCAACGUAAGUCAAUUUUCCCGUACGAAUAUAUUGAUUGCUUGGCCCGAUUAGAUGAGACUGUGCUUCCAUCGAAAGAGAAUUUUAAAAGCAGACUUAACGAUGUGGAUAUAUCAGAUGAAGACUAUGAAUUCGCUUGUACCGUUUGGCGUGAAUUUAAAAUAGAAAAUCUCGGUCAAUACUCUGAUUUAUAUAUGAAAACGGAUGUAUUAUUGCUAGCAGAUAUAUUUGAGAAUUUCCGUGAAACAUGUCAUUCAAUUUAUAAUUUGGAUCCGGCUCAUUAUUACACAGCACCCGGACUUAGCUGGGAUGCGAUGCUCAAAUAUACGAGAGUUCAAAUUGAAUUAUUCACCGACGUUGAUAUGAUAUAUUUUAUUGAAUCAUCAAUUCGAGGUGGUAUAGCACAGGUAUCCCAUCGAUAUGCGAAGGCCAAUAACAGAUAUAUGAAUGAGAAAUUCGAUCCUAAUACACCAGAAAAUUAUAUUAUGUACUUUGAUGCUAAUAAUCUGUAUGGACAUGCCAUGAGUCAAUCAUUACCAAUCGGUGACUAUCAGUGGGUUGAGAAUAAUAAUAAUAAAAUCAUUGACGAUUAUGAUGCCGAUGACGAAGAUGCAAAAUCUGAGAAAUGGCUCUAUUCACAACCUGAUGCGAUAAUGAAUCUGCCAGAUGACGGACAGCAUGGUUAUAUUUUCGAAGUUGAUUUGCACUAUCCUGAAUCGCUCCAUGAUAUGCAUAACGACUUCCCAUUAUGUGCCGAGAAGAGGAGGCUCCCCGAUGAUGCGUUUGAAAUUUCCGAAAAUUGGCGAAAAAGCGAAUUUAUAAAAAGACAACUUAAGUCUCGAGAUAAGACUAAAUUUAAAAAGAGAAGAAAUAACAUUGAAAAAUUGUUACUAACAUUACAUGAUAAAAAAAAUUAUAUAUUACAUUAUAGAAUGUUGAAAUUAGCUUUACGUCAUGGCAUGAUAUUGAAAAAGGUUCAUCGAAUUCUUAAAUUUCGACAGAGUGCUUGGCUUAAAGAAUAUAUCGAUUUGAAUACAGAAAUGCGGACCAAAGCAAAAAAUGAUUUCGAAAAAAAUUUCUUUAAGCUGAUGAACAACAGCAUUUUUGGAAAGACUAUGGAGUCGGUGCGCAAUUAUAGAACGCUAAAGCUUGUAAACAAAUGGUUUGGACGUAAUGGUGCGCGAACGUACAUCUCUCGACCCGAUUUCGAACAUUGUCGCAUUUUCGAUGAUUCUUUGGUAGCGUUGGAAAUGCGUAAUACCAACAUAAUUAUGAACAAGCCAAUCGCUAUCGGCAUGUGUGUUUUGGAUUUAUCUAAAAUAACAAUGUAUUCGUUUUUAUAUGAAUUCAUUAAACCGUAUUAUGGUGAUAAAGCUCACAUUCUUUAUAGCGAUACGGACAGUUUUAUAAUGGAUGUUGAAACGUCGGAUUUCUAUGAAGAUAUGCGUAAAAAUAGCGAAAAAUAUGACACGAGUGAUUAUCCAUUGCCGAAUGUAUUCAAUCUAGAACGUAAGAAUAAGAAGAUACCCGGAUGUUUCAAAGACGAGAUGAUGGGAAAUAUUAUAUAUGAAUUUGUUGGUCUACGCGCAAAGUGCUAUGCAAUAAAUACUUUAGUUAAGAAAUUGAACGACAGUAAUAAAAAAGCGAAAGGCACCAAAAAGAUUGUUGUCAGAAAUAAAAUUCAGUUUAGCGAUUAUGUAGCAUGCGUAAUGAAUAGGCAAGAUGUCACCCGACAACAGAAUUCAUUCCGUUCUAUAAAUCAUAAUAUAUACACGAUAAGUCAAAAUAAAAUAGCGCUUAAUCCAUUUGACGAUAAAAGAUAUGUAAAAAAACCGGAUUAUAUUAACACGCUGGCCUGGGGCCAUUAUUCGAUCAAAUCACUUGAGAAAUGA